AUGCCUGUUCCUCCAUGGGAUGAACUGGUUAGAUAUAUAUCUUCUUCAAAUUGGACAUCUGGGAAUGAUGGCCUUUUGAAUUCUCCAUCUAGGCCAAAUUCCUUAUCUAGUUUUGGGAAUUUUUCUGAAGAAAAUUCUGUUUUUGGAUCACUAUCUAGAUUGAAUCCUUCUCUUUUAAAGGGGGUUGCAGUAAUGGUUUCUUUACCAACUGGGAUGUGGAGCGAAACGAGGGAUGAGAACCAGGAAUUGUUGUCAUGUGACAACAAUCAAGAAAAGAUAAUUAUAACGGAAAAAGGGAAGCAAAAAAUGUUAUCUCGAGAAGCAAUUUCCAAGUGUUUUUACAUGCCAAUAAAUCAAGCAGCCAAGGAACUCAAUAUUGGGGUGACACUUUUGAAGAUAAGAUGUAGGGAUUUGGGAAUUCGAAGGUGGCCACAUAGGAAGUUAAUGAGUCUUCAAACCCUAAUCAAGAAUGUUAAGAAAAGAACGUUAAGAUAUUCUCUACAUAGACAUGUUACCCUUGUUUCGAUGAUGAAUAUUUGCGGAAUUGAAGAGGGGGAAGGAAAUGGUAUGGAACAGUGGAAGGAUGUGAUAGAUUCAUUAGAGGAAGAGAAGAAAAGGAUGGAGGAAAUCCCGGACAUGGAACUUGAGGAGAAAACAAAGAAAUUAAGUGGUCCGAUUCUGGACAAUAAUGCUGCUAUUGGUUAUGGCCAUAGAGAGGAAGAUGAUGAAGAUGAAGUCAUUAAAGAGCAUAAAGAAGAGUUGGUGAAACAAGAUGUUGGGAAUAUAGAAGAGAAACACAGAGAACAAUUUCCUUUAUGGUUUAAAAGGAAAAUUUUGAAAUUAUAUAAUAAGGACAAGUCAAUGUCUAUCAAGAAAUUAUAUCCUUUGGCAAUGGAAUCUGAUGUGCGUGGAAGAAAACAUACUGGCUGUGUUAUAAAUGGUGUUAGGUAUCUUAUUCAACGACACGAUGAAUUACGUGAAAGUCAGAAUUGUGGUAUAGUUGUUGCAGGCUAUCAUGAAAAUGAGUUGAUUGAUUUUUAUGGUAUUAUAACUGACAUCAUUGAGUUAGAGUAUGUUGAUGAGAAUCGAGUUUUUCUAUUUAAAUGCAAGUGGUUUGAUCUUCGCAAGAAAACAGGGAUGCAAAAAGAUAAACAUUUUACGAGCAUAUGUGUUAAAAGAUUUUGGUAUGAACAUGAUUCUUUCGUACUAGCUACUCAAGCAAAACAAGUAUUUUACAUUGAUGACCCAAAAUUGGGGGAAAAUUGGCGAAUUGUGCUCAAAUUUCAAGAUAGACACUUAUAUGAUGUCCCGGAGAAGGAAAAUUCAGAGACAGAAAGUGAUGAGUCGCAUAUUACAAAUAAUGAUGUGUAUCAAGACAUGUCACUUGAAAGUAAUUCGAUUGUCAAUGAUACGGUGGAUAUGUUGAGUAAACUACAUAGAGAUGAUGUUGAACCGAUUACCCUGGAUGCAAAUGUAAUUGAAUUGGAUGCUCAAACAGAACCAGAAGUUGAAGUUGAUUAUAUCGAAGAAGAUUCUGACCAAGAGGAUGACACUAUGGUAGAGUACAUAAGUGAUAAUGAGGAUAAUGAAGGUAAUAAUAGUACUAAUGACGAUGAAGCUGAUAGCACAGGUGAUGGCGACGACAUUGGCUUGUGAUGUAACCUCAUAAUAG